GUGCCACUUCCCUGCUCCGACACUGCCACCCGUCAAAAUACAGAUACUCAGAUCAUCAUGUCCGACUUCGAUCUCGAGACCGCCAAAGCGCAAUCCCCGAUGCUCCAUAUCAUCCCUUACUCCACCACUUACCACCUGUACCGCUUUCCACCUGGCACCCCCGGUCUGGGUUCAUUGCUGGGGAACAUCUUCACUGCUCAACCACAGUCAUCCUCCUCUUCGAGCAAGGACACGUUCGAUGUACGGACGGCGGAACCCGAACGUCUGAAACGGGCCGGGAAAGGAUGGUUGACAGUGACAAAGACCGAGGAAGAGGUCUCUAUCAUGGUGGAUUCGGAGUACAACGCUGCCGAGCCGGGAUCAUUCGACGCGAACGCUCAGCUCGAGGGGCUCGUUCAAGCGCAAAAGUCUGACGGGAUCAAGGAUGGUCCGUUUGGUUGUCUCCGAAUUCGAGGACCCAUGGAGCUGAAUCUUGUCGGAAUCGCUUCCCGCUUGCUCGCCCCAUUGACAAAGGCAAAGAUAAGCGUACUGGUCAUCUCUUCGUAGUGAGUAUCUCAAGGCCGCACCAACGAUCUACCCGAUUGAAUGCGCUGAACAUCGACGGUCGGGCAUUUUGCGUUUCUUAACACCACUCAGUGACACGGAUUUCAUUUUCGUAA